CGGAAGAAAAUAGUAGCUUGUUUUAAAACAGCAACUGUUUCAUUGUUUGUUUGUUUGUUUGUUUUCAAUAAAAUGUGGAAAUAUAGAUAUUGUCCUCAGGGUUUUGGAAACAGUUAGCUCACCACAUCUGUAUUUUUCAUUAACUUUCUUAAUUCUACAGCACUCUGUGAAGUGACAAAACUCAGGGCAAUACUAGGAGCAGAGCAGAACAGGUUGGGUGAAAUACAACGUGCUGUGGUUCAGAGCAUUAUUGAAUGCCAGUCUCAGAAGUGAAGUCGUUAACAGGCCCUGAAAAUUAAUUUCGAUCCACACAACAUUUUUUCUAUGAGCAGCUAGCAGAGCAGUUCAAAGAUUAUUCAAAAGGAGGCACCUGAUAGACACAAGUGUUAUAUGUGCACAGAUGCUUUAGAUUAUAACGUAUCUCCCUAUAUGAAACUAACUCAAAAUAUGCAAGAAAUUAUGGAAGAGGACAAACAAGCGACAAGGGGAUGAUGGUGGGAGAGAUUUGCCAGACAAAACUCCUUAGAAAAAUCUCUUUUGUUGGUGUCCUCUCUUGUCUUGUUGGACAGGAGAGGCUAGCGACUGAAAAAAAUGUAGUCUGUAUGAUUGUGUCAGAGUCUCAUCAAAGGCUGACCUAGGCAUAGCAUCACAAUGGUUCUGCCUGGCUUAUCCAUCUCGCCACCUGAAUACUUUUCCUUGGUGCUGUGCUCACUGCUGCCAUGACCACACCACUGGGGAGAUGAGAGAGAAGAUGCUGAACUGACCCUUGUCACCUUCUCAGACCAUGGCUCUGUUAAGGGAGAAGAUCCCCAACAACUGUCUCCCCUUCAGUGAGUCGUACCAGAACGUACUAGCUACUGUUUUACUCCUGUUGGGACUUCUUGUUGUAUUGGAUAAUGCCAUCAAAGUUGUCCUUCUGAUCUGGAGAUACCUGAGACAGUUUCCGAAGAGAACCUUCUACUUUUUCAUCACCAAAGGAGAUGGAUGUCUCAAAACACUGAAGGCCCUUUACUGCAGCAAGAAAUGCAGCACAUGGAAGGACUUGGUGCUAACUAAAGGCUGCAGGAAAAUGUCCAGUCUGCGCUUCCACUGCACUGUGGAUCCCUUGCAGCUAACUGUGAAUGUGAACCACCUCAAUGGGCUGAAAAACCAUGAUAUCCAAGGUGACAAGAAGAGCAAAGGUUACCAAGGCCCUUGGCCACCAGGCCACCAGAACACGGAUGAUGACAAAGCCAGUUGGUACGGAUACAAGCAGCACCCACAAGCAAACUGCCAGCCUAACCAAGAGCAGAGUUCCCAUGGCUGGGAUAGCCAGUCCAGCUCCCCCCACUCGGACAGCGACAGUCCCCAGCCGGUGUGCCCACCGGGAUCCACGGUGUCACUCAUGCAUUCUCCCUCUGGCUCCCGAGCACAGCUUACAAAGACCAGGUGCAGCUUGGCUGACUGGAGCACUUACGCACGUGACCCCCAGAGUGCCACAGGGGAUAAACGGCCUGGCUUGGACAGUGCAGGAGAGGCUAUCCAAGGACAGAGUUUCCUGAAUCAGCCUGCUGGUCCCAGCACAGAGGAACCCACUGCUGCCCGUUCAGAGUGCUCAGCUGCACACGUUCGCCACCAAGUCAGUGAGACACCAUUCAUCCCCAGCCCAAUCCUGCCAGGCCCCAAGCGGGUGGUGUACUCUGCCUUGACUCCCAACCCAGAAUCAGGAGCCUGUCUCAAUAACUGUCCCCACUCAGCACCCCCUCAGAGGAGUCCCAAACACCACUCUGGCCCUAAAUUGCACCAAGGCCUCCCACUGGGCCAGAAAGCCAGACUGUAUGUCUAUCUUGUCAACCCGCAGCCUCCCCAUCAGAAGCACACUGCUGUAGGGGCACCCCACGAUUUCUCAGCAUCUCGCACUGUCUUGGCCAAGGACUUGCUGGGAAAACAGGCAUCUCACAACCGUCCCUGGGAGGGUUCCAAGCAAGGCUCAAGAGGGCAGGGCAUCUGUGAUCCUCACAUGCAGCGCAAGAGCAUCUGGGAAAGAAAGCGCCAGGCCAGUGUUUUGCAAUCGAGUCCAGGCUAUGAGAAGCUGGUGGGAAGCAGCAGUGGAACCAACAUGACCCAUGAAGAACCUUACUGCCCCAAGCCACCCAUCCUGGUAGACAGAACAAGGGGGAGUUUGGCUUCACCAGCCCCCAGGAGCAGCACCUGAAGGUACCUUUGCUUUGGGUUAACCAAGUAACAAGACUUCCCUGCCUGGCGUGAUUAGGAUUCUGACUCCAGAUGAACCUAGGGAGUUUGGGACUAGGCAGAGUGAAAAGUAGAACGGCCUUCUCUGCUCUUUCAUAGUCAACUUUGGAUGUGUUGGGUUCAAUAAAAAAAAAUGCGUGAAGCUUCUGGCAUGCAAAUUCUCUGUAAUGAUUGGUAGUGGAGAUAAAACCCAGGGGGCCUGGCUUCCUCUUUUAAGGGGCAUCACUUCUUCAAUACAUACAUUUUAACCACACCCAGGCUUCCUAAAAGCACAC